GACCGAGAGCAAGGCAUCAAGACAGCAUAGAGCUGAGUAAAGCCAAUGGAAAUGAAAACUCUUCCAACCCUGCUACUGCUGUGCGUGGCGCUUUGCUCAGCCUAUCCACUGGAUGGAGCCUCAAGGGAUGCAGACACCACCAACAUGGACCUUCUUCAGCAAUAUCUGGAAAACUACUACAACCUUGAAAAAGAUGUGAAACAGUUUGUUAAAAGAAAGGACAGUAGUCCUGUUGUUAAAAAAAUCCAAGAAAUGCAGAAGUUCCUUGGCUUGGAGGUGACAGGCAAGCUGGACUCCAACACCCUGGAGGUGAUACGCAAGCCCAGGUGUGGCGUUCCUGAUGUUGGUCACUUCAGUACCUUCCCUGGCACCCCAAAGUGGACAAAAACUCACCUAACUUACAGGAUUGUGAAUUACACACCGGAUCUGCCAAGAGAUGCUGUUGAUGCUGCCAUUGAGAAAGCUCUGAAGGUCUGGGAGGAGGUGACUCCACUCACGUUCUCCAGGAAGUAUGAAGGAGAGGCUGACAUAAUGAUCUCUUUUGGAGUCCGAGAACAUGGAGAUUUUAUUCCUUUUGAUGGACCUGGAAAUGUUUUGGCUCAUGCUUAUGCACCUGGGCCAGGAAUUAAUGGAGAUGCCCACUUUGAUGAUGAUGAACGAUGGACAAAGGAUACAACAGGAACCAAUUUAUUCCUUGUUGCUGCUCAUGAGCUUGGCCACUCCCUGGGUCUGUUUCACUCGGCCAACCCUGAAGCGCUGAUGUACCCAGUCUACAACGCCUUCACAGACCUGGCCCGGUUCCGCCUUUCUCAAGAUGAUGUGGAUGGCAUCCAAUCCCUCUAUGGACCGGCCCCUGCCUCUCCUGAUAACUCUGGAGUGCCUAUGGAACCUGUCCCUCCAGGAUCUGGGACCCCAGUCAUGUGUGAUCCAGCUCUGUCCUUCGAUGCAAUCAGCACUCUGAGGGGAGAAAUUCUGUUCUUUAAAGACAGGUAUUUCUGGCGCAAGUCCCUCAGGAUUCUCGAACCUGAGUUUCAUUUGAUCUCUUCAUUCUGGCCAUCUCUUCCUUCAGCAGUGGAUGCUGCAUAUGAAGUUAUUAGCAGGGAUACUGUUUUCAUUUUUAAAGGAACUCAGUUCUGGGCCAUUAGAGGAAAUGAGGUACAAGCUGGUUACCCAAGAAGCAUCCACACCCUGGGUUUCCCUUCAACCAUAAGAAAAAUUGAUGCUGCCAUUUCUGAUAAGGAAAGGAAGAAAACAUACUUCUUUGUGGAAGACAAAUACUGGAGGUUUGAUGAGAAGAGACAGUCCCUGGAGCCAGGCUUUCCCAGACAUAUAGCAGAAGACUUUCCAGGAAUUAAUCCAAAGAUCGAUGCUGUUUUUGAAGCAUUUGGGUUUUUCUAUUUCUUCAGUGGAUCUUCACAGUCGGAGUUUGACCCAAAUGCAAAGAAAGUGACACAUGUUUUGAAGAGCAACAGCUGGUUUCAGUGUUAGGAGGGGUGUAUAGAAGGCACAACAUGAAUGUUUUAAAUGAACCUAAUUGUUCAACACUUAGGACUUUGUGAGUUGAAGUGGCUCAUUUUCUCCUGCAUAUGCUGUGAUGGCAAUCUCGAGCAUGAACUGUGUAUCUAACUGGACUUUGCACAUCGUUACGGGUGUUCAAACAGGCUGCUGCUUAGCUUGCACUUGAUCACAUGGAGGGAGCUUCCACGAGAUGGGAGAAGUACUCAUGUGUGACAGACAAGUGAUUGUGUCUAUGUGGAUUAUUUGCCCAUUAUUUAAUAAAGAGGAUUUGUCAAUU